CGACGCCUGAGGGGCGGAAGCGGCGGCUGCGGGUCGCCUAGUGACGGCCUCGCCCUCCGCGCCGCGCGCCGGCCAUGAAGCCGCCGCUCCGCGCCCGCGCGCGCCCCACGCGUUUCGGGCUCCCGGGCCCCGCGCCCGGCCCCGCCGCCCCGCCCGCCUCCCCCGCCGCCGCGGCCCGGCUCUGGACCGCGCACGAGAAGCGGAUGCUGAUCCGCGGCCUCCGCGCGCAGGCGCCGGGCGGGGAGCUGCGGGGGGGGCCCCUGUGCGAGCUGCUGCCGCGGCGCCGCGAGGCCGAGAUCCUGGGCUACAUCCGGCACCUGAAGGGCCGUGUGGCCCGGGAGGCCGUGCAGACCGAGUACCGCCGCUGCCAGGCUGAGAAGCGGCGCCGUCGGGCACAGGUCUCUGCGCCCAUCGAGGUGUGGACAGACCUGGCCCAGAAGCUGUCCGAGAGGCUGGAGGAGGCUGUGUCUGAGGCGUUCUCCCAGGUGCUGACCAUCGCGACCAUUGAGCCAGCCAGCGUGCUGCACUCGCUGCCCCCGCGCCCGCUCCGUGCUGCUGCUGACGAGGCCCCAACGUCCCCAGAGGCCCCCCAGGCUAGUGACGAAGCUACGUCCCCGGCUGCCGACGCGGGUCAGGAGCCCGAGGAGUUCACUGUGAGCUUUGAAAAGAUCUACCGCUACUUGUACUUCCUGUCCAAGGACGUCCGUGUGCUCAAGCUGACGCCUGGGGAGGCGGCCGUCGUCCUGGAUCUGCUGCUGUCGCUGCCUGAGGAGGUGAGCCACAUGGACUGCGACAGCCUCAGGAGGCACCUGCACCGGGCCUACAAGAACCUCACGGCACCAGUCCCUGUCCCGGGGGAAGGAGAGAGGCUCCCGGGUGCUGCGGAGCUGCAGCCAUGCAGCAAUGGUCCUGCAGCAGCCAGCAGCGCUGAGGGAGACGAGCAGGAUGAGGCGGGGACUUUGCUGGUCUCUGCCAGCCCCUCUGUAACCCACGCUCCCAGCAGCUCCCAGGAGGUGGCAGCUUCACCUCUGGCCUCUGCGGAUGGGAGGUCCCUACCUCCUUGCAGCCCCCAGGAUGGGGUCUCUGAGCCCUCCAGAAGCUCCCAGGACAGGAUGUCCCAACCCCCAGCCCCUCUUGGUGACAUGUUGCAGUCCCUCACCCGGCCCCCUGCAGCCGUCCCCAGCCCAGUCUGGAAGGACCUGGGCCUUUGCCCUCUGAACUUGUUCCUAGUUCCCUUGCGCCUGCUGGCUCGUGGCCAGGAUGGGGGACACUGAGAUGGUUGGGGCUGCUGGUCCAGGCUGUGGCAACAGGGGCUGAAGUCUGUGGGGUGAAGGGUCUCUUAGGCCAUGGGGGCCUUGAUUCCCCCCCCUUAUACCCAGCCCUGGCCGUCUGCCCACUUGUAGAUGUGCGCCGUACCCUGUUCCCCUUCCUUGGUUCUGUGUUCGAGUGUGCUCUGUUUUGCCUUUAAUAAAGCAUGUUGGAGCACGUGG